CUUUUCUCCGACAAAAAUGGAGUGAAGAAAGGAAUUAUGAUCAGUAAGAAUAUGGUUAUCUUACAUAACGGUCUCUAUUCUGUUUGAAUUGAGCUUGAGAGGCAGUGAUAAGGACGAGCUGCAACCAAUUCAUAGUGAGAAGAGAGCUAUGAAGUGUGAUCAUGUCUUAUUUCAAGUUAGAAGGCAAAUCAUGCUCGAGAUGGCAACUCGCUGAUAUGGCUGGUGCAAGGAAUGAAGCCAUCAUUAGAAUUCAGACUGACAACGGGGAGGGAUGC